AUGUCUUCCAACCCACCUCCUCCAGGUGGUGGGCCACCUUUGACGAACAAUGCACCCCCUGGUGCUAUGAAUGCACAAGCGAUCGUCGGUAACCCAGCCCAGCCUAUUCCUCAUGGCACCAAUGUGCAAGCAGCUGCUGGCAACUCCUCGCAGGCUGCUGCCGCCACUCAAACCACCUCUCGAGCCCGACCCUCGGCUGGAGGCGAGCUUAUUACCGCCCCGGAGCGAGAGCUGCAGAUGUUGACGGAUGGUCUGCGACAACGUCUGGAAGAAGCUGUCCAACGUGAAGCUCGAACAGACCAGGAGCUUGAGGAUAUGGGCAUUGACCCUCAAGAUUGUGUUGAAGAUGAGAUCAUGAACGGCGUCCCUGAUGUUGCAUUCGUGGAACAUGAAGACCUUUCCGGUCCGCACAAAAGACUUAAACUCUCCCGAGCUUACAUCGAUGGCUUCUUCGGCGGCGUAGACCCCUACGAAGCUAGUAAAAAGAAAGACGAGAUGAACGAUCUCACCCUCAGUCUCAAACACGCCAGUCUCGAUAUGAUCUCUGCCCUUUGCAUCAACCUCGAGCUAGCUAUCGAGAUCGGCAAGCACCUACGACCACAAGACAUUGUCAAUCUCUACAUCGCCAGUCGCUCUUUUCGCGAAGCAAUCAAAGGUCAUAUUCUUUCAUGUAUUCGAAUGUGGGUUGACAACAGGUCGCCCGAAGCUGGAAAGAUCUUUCACUGGAAGCUCUAUGGCAGGAUGUUGAUCAGAGAUCCCCUAGAGCGUACAUCCGCAGCAAAUGACGCGCAGCAUCUCGAGGCCCGCUGGAACAGCGCAAAGAGAAACCCGAAAAGUGUCCGCAUGAUCCCUGGCUUCAGGUAUCUCAAGAUGGUCAUGUCCCGCGAUCGCUGUUGUCGAGAGAUCCUUGCCAUGAUGGCCCGCAUGGGCUUCCUGAUGCCCGACACGAUGUACGACACUUUGCUGCGACUCUGGGUGCUUAUGGAGAUCUCUACUACUCGCCAGAGACAACUCUUACUCCGAAAUGAGAAGUAUUGGACUGAUCAGCACCUCUACAACUUGCAGUUCUUUCUCGUCAAGCUCGCCAUGGCCUUUAACCACCCCUUCUUCCAUCCUAUCCAGAUUGACAUGGUUCAGCUCAUGAUGGGACAGAAAGGUCUCCAUCCCCUGUGGCAGUUGCUCAUGAAACAGAGGUUCACAAACAUCUCAGAGGUCAUGGAGCUCAAGACACGCUAUGACUUGCGUUUCCCCCGAGACGUUUGGACCAACAUCCUAAUACACGACCACCCCAAGGCGUACAAUGUUCCUCUCAACUUGGUCGGCCUUGGUCAUAUGGAAGGUUGGGGUAGAGGCUUCCGCCACCUUUCGCGCCCUGAUGAGCUUCUUCCAAUUGAAUCGGUCUAUCGCGGACUUGAUCUCGACAAGCACAUUUCUCAGAUGAUGGUCUGGGGUUACAUCGAUUUCGACACAGGAGAGAACACUGUUCCUACAGAGGAUGACAUGUACAUCUCAGACGAAGAGGAGAAGCUAGGCAGAACCGACACUUCUUCUUUCUGGCAGCGCAAGCACGCUUUGAAGAAGCGUUGGAAUGAACUCUCGCCAGAGGUGCAGCAGCAGAUCAAGGACGACGACAACGACGAGCGCUUGCGAGGCAUGGCGUGGUCUUCGGUCGAUCAGCACAACAGCCGUGGAAAAUGGGAGAGCGAGUCCGAGUCCGAGUCCGACGAUGAACGUGGGUACGACAUAAACGAAGAAAUUGAGCGUGGCUAUCGUUUGCCCGCCCUAUUCGGGAAGCAUCCAAAGAAGGCGGAGGCCGACAAGGUCGAUAGCACCAGAAUGGAGAACCCACUCCUCUCUUUUGGAGAGAACCCCGAGGAUUGGAAUACAAAGAUUACCGAGCUCUUCCUCAACGCGAACCCGCAAGUGUCCCUUAAGCACUGGCAGGAGGCAGACGGAUGGACAUUGUACAUGAACCACGGAAACACCGGCCCUUACCCGGGUGGUCCUGGCUUUGAAAGCGACACAACCGUGACACCCCAGACGAUCUUUGCGCUUGAGCGACCAUUCUUUGUCAAUGGCCGGCGUAUUAUUGACGAUAGCCAGAACGAUGGUGACGAAAAUGAGAACGAAAAUGAGGACGAAGACGAAGACGAGUGA